CAGCCGCCUCAGCCAGCACUGCAGAGCCCCGGCACACCCUGGAAGACCAGGAAAUACAGCCCGGGCGUGCAGGGACUACAUGAAGAAAUAAUUGACUUCUAUGACUUCAUGUCCCCUCGUCCUGAAGAAGCAGCUAUGAGAAGAGAAGUGGUGAAACGAAUAGAAACGGUCAUCAAAGAUCUUUGGCCUACAGCUGAUGUCCAGAUAUUUGGCAGCUUUAGUACAGGGCUUUAUCUUCCAACUAGUGAUAUUGAUCUAGUUGUUUUUGGGAAAUGGGAGCGACCCCCUUUACAGCUGCUGGAGCAAGCACUAAGAAAACACAACGUGGCUGAGCCGUAUUCCAUUAAAGUACUUGAUAAAGCUACGGUACCAAUAAUAAAACUUACUGACCAGGAGACAGAAGUGAAAGUUGACAUCAGUUUUAAUGUAGAAACUGGUGUGAAGGCAGCUCGAUUUAUCAAGGAAUACAUGAAGAAAUAUUCCUUGCUGCCUUACUUGAUUUUAGUAUUAAAACAGUUCCUUCUUCAGAGGGACUUGAAUGAAGUUUUUACUGGUGGAAUUAGCUCUUACAGCCUAAUUUUAAUGGCAAUUAGUUUCCUGCAGCUGCAUCCAAGAAUUGAUGCCAGAAGAGCUGAUGAAAACCUUGGAAUGCUUCUGAUAGAAUUUUUUGAACUCUAUGGAAGGAAUUUUAACUACUUGAAAACUGGUAUUAGAAUAAAAAAUGGAGGUGCCUAUAUUGCCAAAGAAGAAAUCAUGAAAGUCAUGACUAAUGGGUACAGACCAUCCAUGCUAUGUAUUGAAGAUCCUCUCCUGCCUGGAAACGACGUUGGCAGAAGUUCUUACGGUGCCAUGCAAGUGAAACAAGUUUUUGAUUAUGCCUACAUUGUUCUUAGCCAUGCAGUAUCACCACUUGCAAGAUCAUAUCCAAAUAGAGAUUCUGAGAGCACAUUAGGUAGAAUCAUCAAAGUGACCCAAGAAGUGAUUGACUACAGGGCCUGGAUUAAAAAGAAGUGGGGGAGCAAAAUUAAUCUAUCACCUGAACUUGACAAUAGGUUGAAAAUAAGAGACCAGAUAGCUCCGUGCAAUGGAGAACAGCAACAGAACAGAGACUCUGAACCAUCUUACAACCAACGCUUGGCUUUGUCAUUGGCUAGUACACAACAGUUAUCCUCUGGCUCAUCUGCCUCUUCUGUAUCAUCACUCUCCGGCAGUGACAUUGAUUCUGAUACACCACCUUGCACAGCUCCUAAUGUUUACCAGUUCAGUCUGCAAGCACCGACUCAGCUUAUGGCCAGUUUACCACCCGCAUUGCCUAUGCCAAGUGGUAAACCCCAAUCUGCGCCUACGAGAACCUUGAUAAUGGCCGCCAGUAAUCAGCAGCACAGUGGAAUGAAGUUUUCCAUGAAAGGAACUCAUAACCAAGGCAACAGCUACAGCCCCGUCAGCAGUGGAGGCAUGAGGCAACCAGUUGGUAAUCGAGGACACCACCAGUACAAUCGUAAUAUGUGGAGAAGAAAAAAACACAGAGACAGUUUGCCUAUUAGUCUGAGCAGAUAA